UUUCCUUCCGACCAGAGACGUCAAAUUUACAGAUGGAACAACAAAAGCUUGAGCAACAGCCAAUAAUUAUAGCCAUGAAAGGACAUCCGGGCACAGGCAAGAGCACACUAGCCCACUCCAUAGCUUCAUCUCUCAAAUGCCCUCUAAUCGACAAAGACCAUGUCCGUGAUUCCACACAGUCUCUUCAACAAACCCUGCUCCUCCUUUCCUCGCCGCCGGCCACCGCUCACAAUCUGCUUAACGACUUAUCCUACGAAAUCCUAUUUCAAAUGGGUUCGACCCAGGUGGGUUUGGGUCUCAGCGUCGUGAUAGACUCGCCGCUGUCUCGCCGGACUCACCUCGACAGGUUAGAACAACUGGCGGCGGUGUCUGGGGCAAGGAUUGUGAUCGUUGAGUGUCAGCCGAAUGAUGUUUCCGAGUGGCGCCGGCGACUGGAGAGGAGGGGUGAGGCGGAUGGGUCGAGUUGGCACAAGCCGGCGUCGUGGCCGGAGUUGGAGAGGCUGGUGGAGGGGUACGGUGGGUGUACGGAGUACGACGUUGGAGAGGUGCCGAAGGUGGUGGUGGACACGACGGCGGCGGUGGGUGUGGAAGAGCAGGUGGCUUUUGUGCUGGAGUUUAUUGCUUCUUCUGGUGGUGGUGGUGGUGGUCGUCGUCGUCGUGGUUCUUUUUGUCCCAACUAGGCAAACUGGGUCAAGUGCUGGCUUGAAAUCACUGGAAGAAGAAAAGGUCGUCGGAUAAAUCCAGUAGGUAAGGACUGUGACGUUUUGACAUCAUGUUGGAUUUUCUUGUCCAUUUGGUUUUUUUUCUUUUCAAUCACGUAG